AUGGAGAGAGACAUGCAGGCAACCUCACACGAACCUGCCCUCUCCUCGGUCGGUCCUCUCAAGCGUAUCAGAGCUGAAGAGGCGCCUUCUGAAGACAACCACCGGCCAAAGAAGGCCCGCGAGUCACAAACGUUUACCGAUACGGUCAGCGACGAGACUCCGUCACCGUCCUACACAGCUGCAGAGAAGGGGAAGCAAAAGAUGAUUGGGCCCGCCGAUGAAGAAUCUACAACUGGCACCAGGACGGUGGAAAGGAACGCUCAACUGGUCGACGAACUCGUUGAGGAGCUUAGCUGCGGUUGUUGCGCUGGCCUUGUGUACCGCCCAGUCGUUCUCCAACCAUGCCAACACUUCUUCUGUGGUAGCUGCCUUACAUUAUGGAUUCAGAAUUCUGGCCUCAAUACGUGCCCACAAUGCCGCGCGCCAUCCACUCAUGCUGUCGCUUCUCGAAUGAUCCAAUCCAUCGUCGAUGUGUUCCUGAGAAACCGCCCUGACUUUGAACGUGCUGAGAGUGAACGUGUCCAAGCCGACGAGGUCUGGCAACCCGUGGCGGAAAUUAAGAUUCCUCAACCCAGGCCACCGAACCCCGAUAUCCUGCUGCCUCAAUCCCGCGGGCACGAGCCUGGUUCCGACAAUUUUGCUCGACCUUGUCCGCACUGUGCCCGUCAUAACCAGUUCGGCUGGAGGUGUCCGCGCCCUAUACCCGAUCCUGAAGCAAAUCCCGCUGAAGCAUGGAAUUUAGAUGAUGGGCCCCCACCUGGACAUGGACUUUGCGGAGCAUGUUCUGAACUGCACGCGCUUUACGCGCCAGGCUCGUCUGCCUGUUCACUUUGUCGAACUUCGUUUUGCGGGCUUUCCAUACCCCAUCUGUGUGUUGCGCCAUCUGCUGUUAAUACCCUCUCUGGGCUUCUGGAGCAACACUCCGAGGCCAUCUGGGAUGCCUUCGAUUUUAAUGAAGUAGAAGUUGAGGUUUUAAUUGAUUGGUUGCGUGACGGUCGCCGUGGCUCUAUGAGGGGAGUGUAUCAGGAGAUGAUUGACCACGUAAGGGCUUCCGGAGAUGGAUUCCAACCUAUGAUCGCUGCAGGACUGUUCAGUCCAGAACACAACAAUAUCAACCCCCUUUCGGAGGCUGAACUCGCCCAGUACAACCGCCCAUCUCAGCCCUCAUCUUCAACUUCAUCGGGUAGUCGCUCGACAGCAAUAUCGUUCGUUCCUCUCCCUCAGUCUUUAAGGCAAUCACUUGAUCGCCCUAAUAGCAGCGGAACUGCACCUAGUUCGUCAGACGACGAGCGUCGUCGCGUUCUGUACGAACAGCGGAUGCGUUUUGCCGCACAAGUUCUCGCAGAACGUGCUUCGUCGGGAUCGCUAGAUAGUAUCAACUCGCCGCCUAGUGAGGAGAGUCCCUCGACUGACCCAGGGUCUAAUGCCACCGGACCCCCUGCGGCGACUGAGCGUGUCACCAUGGAGGACCUCCGAAGACUCUUUGGAUCUGAUUUGUCGCCUGGAUCCAUAUCUUCUUCUUCGACCGUUUCUGCUGAUCGUUCACCAUCAGAACUUAAUGCUUCGCCGGAACCUAUGGCCCCAUCUCAGAGAAACGAUGGAAAUGAUGUUGGAGCUACUUCCGCUGCAUCGAGCGGGGGGGCUCGUUCCCCAAGACUUGCGGAAACGCCGAUGACGUCUAGUAACGAGGGCCGCAGCGCUUCGCCCUCAUCGUCUGAUCCAAACAGUGCAUCGGUGAGCAGCUCGAGCAGCUCUCGUGGGUCCGUUACACGCAUCUGCAGAGAUUGUGCCUUCGAAAUCUUCCUUCACGAACUGUACCCCUGGUGGGCUAGGGAACGAAAGAAGGCCAUUGAUGCCGCGGAGGCUGAGGAGGCUGCUGCCGCUGCCCUCGCAGCCUCAUCAUCUGUUCGGGUAGAGUCUCAGUCUAUGGGGGAGUCCGAUGAUCCUGAAGAUGAUGGGGAUGACGAUGACGAUGAUGAAGAUGGAGAGAGCAGGGAAUCUGGGGGUGUCGGGAGUGGAGGCGCUAACUCCGGGCCUAAGAUCCCUUCAUGGGUUGGUGCAAGAAGAGAUUGCCCAGAAGGCAGGCACUGCUCUCAGCAGAAAGAACUUUCGCAUUCAAAAGAAUUCAAUCACGUUAUCGCAGAACCCACAGAGUCGCCUCCUAUGAACAGUAACAGUAACAGUGCCACGGCCAUUCCUGUGCCUCCUCCACCCGCUCCCGAGCCAUGUCCAAUGGAAGGAGCGUUCAUCGAUCUGGACAUUUCAAGCGCUGAACCCCCAAAUGCAGUGUCUAAUCCCCACUCUGAUAGCCUUGUCGACCUCUCCGCACAAAUAGACGUGCCUUCUAGUCAAGUUAGUGAGAUGGAAGUUGAUCAACAUCUGUCUACGAAUCAGCCACCUAUAUCCGUAUCGCAAGAAGCGGAUGAUGACAACGAUACCAUUAUGGGUGAGAUCGCGUGCCCUCCUACUGGCCCCAUCAUUCAACCCACAGAUGUCAGAGUGAUUGGUCCGGGUCUCACAAGCCAUCCUGAAGUUGGUCCUGUUACCGAGUCGAGCUCCGCGCCAGGAAUAUUCCCCGGUCCUGAUGUAAUGAGAGGUCCGUCCGUUGAGAUUGUCAAUCUCGUGGAGUCCUCUAGAUAAGCUGUUCAACUUCAUUUGUGAACCUACUCUUUUCAAAGAUUUUUUGUAACAUGGUUGCUCCCCCUCCAUUCUACUCACCCUCGAUCCGCUGAGUUGUGUUUCUUUCACAUUCUUCAUGCAUCACACUUUAUACGUUAUGUAUAUACGUUGCUCCCCUUAUCAACCUCACCGGGCUUUUCCCUUAAUUCUCUUCCGAUAGUCAUCGGAUAUGGUUAUAUAUCCUUCACUGUUUAUGUCCCAUCGCUUGCCCCACUUCCUCAUUUACGACCCACCCCACAUGCUGUCUCCCCAUUCACUGUCCACGUAUUCACUUCACGUCAUUUACAAUGCCAAUACAGUUCUCUACCUAAACCAGCUACACGUACUUACUCCAGCUAUAGCCCAGAUCGCCGCCCGCACAGGAGGGACAGCGGCGGCCAGAUGUCCUGGAAUUAUGCGCUGCACUUUGC